AAGAAGAGUGGACGAUUAUUUCAUUAGUUGUGACUGCAAGCAUCCAGCGACGUGUCGAUUAUGUCGUGGUCCGAAUUCUUACUGCCACUGAUCUCGCUUUUGUUAUUGUCCGUCCACGGCGAUGCAGCUAGGAUUCCAAGAACAGUUAUUGAAACCUGCGGUUACGAGGCGUGUCCUGUGGCAGAUCCAAAGAAAUUAAAUAUUCAUCUGGUUGCUCAUACUCAUGACGACGUUGGUUGGUUAAAAACAGUCGACCAGUAUUACUUUGGAAGUAACUCAAGAACUCAGAAAGCAGGAGUACAGUAUAUUCUAGACAGCGUCAUUCAAGCGUUGCUGGCUAAUCCUGAAAGAAAGUUUAUUUAUGUGGAGACUUCUUUCUUGUGGAAAUGGUGGUUGCGUCAAAACGACGAGGUGAAAGAAGAUGUGCGAAGUUUAAUCAAUCAAGGCAGAUUAGAGAUUAUCGGUGGUGGAUGGAGCAUGAACGACGAGGCAGUCACUCACUAUCACUCCCUUGUCGAUCAAUAUACUUGGGGUUUCAGACGUCUUAACGAUACCUUUGGAAGAUGUGCUACGCCGCGUAUAGGAUGGCAGAUAGAUCCUUUCGGCCAUUCCAGGGAACAAGCAUCUUUAUUCGCCCAAUUAGGAUUCGAUGGGAUGUUCUUCGGUCGUCUCGAUUAUCAAGACAAGAACAAACGACUCAAGGACAAGACGAUGGAAUUCAUUUGGAAAGGAAGUCCAAAUCUAGGAGCUCGUGCAAACUUGUUCACGGUUGCGUUGUACAACACGUAUUCUCCACCACCUGGUUUUUGUUACGAUAUUUUGUGCAACGACGAACCAAUAAACGAUGAUCCUGAUAGUCCGGAUUACAACGUCAAAGAGAGGAUCGAUAUAUUUUUGCAAUACGUGGCUCGCCAAGCUGAUGUAUAUCGUACAAAUAACGUCGUAUUAACAAUGGGCGGAGAUUUCACUUAUCAGCAAGCGGAGAUGUACUUCGCUAAUAUGGACAAACUAAUAAGAUACGUAAAGGAAGAAAAAGGAUCCGAAGUGAAUAUAUUUUAUUCGACGCCAUCGUGUUAUUUGAAAGCAGUAAACGAUGCAAAACUUCAGUGGUCGACGAAAAGCGAUGACUUCUUCCCUUACGCGAGUGAUCCGCAUUCGUAUUGGACCGGCUACUUCUCCUCCAGACCGGCGAUCAAAUUCUUCGAAAGAAUGGGAAACAAUCUGUUGCAGAUAUCCAAACAGUUAUCUGUAUUGACAAGGUUGGAGGGUUACGAAAAGCAAUUGGAACAUUUUAGAGAAGCUAUGGGUGUAAUGCAACAUCAUGAUGCCGUUACUGGAACCGAAAAACAACUAGUUGCCUACGAUUAUGCUCGUAUAUUGUACGAUGGUAUGCAACAAGGAACGAACAUUGCUGCUGACGCCAUAAGAAAAUGGAGAUCAACCGGAAAUUCGAAUUUUGCACCAGAACAAAUGCACACGUGCAUGCAAUUGAAUAUUAGUACGUGCUUGUACACAGAAGACAAAGACUUCGUCCUAGCAAUUUACAAUCCCUUGAGCCAGAAAGUGGUAUCACCGAUCCGCGUACCCGUUCAGAAUGGCAAAUACAACGUCAUCGAUCUUGCAGAUGGAAACGAACUUACUUCGCAAAUAGUUCCUAUCCCUAAUUCUGUACGUGAAAUACCGGGAAGGAAAAGCACUUCAACGCACGAGCUCGUAUUCCUUGCAUCGUUACCACCUUUGGGCUAUAAGACCUACACGGUCAAGAGAAGUUCAGAAAAUAUAAGUCCACAAGUGGUCACAGCAAACUCUAUUGGUAACGAGUUUUAUAACGUAUCCGUCGAUGAGUACGGUCAGAUUGUGGUAGAGUGGAAAAAACAAAAAGAUAUGGAACUGACUCAAUCGUUUCAUUAUUACGAUGCAAUGGAGGGAAAUAACGAGGAAUUUAGAAAUAGAUCUUCGGGUGCAUACAUAUUCAGACCAAAGAACGCAUCCGCUAGAAAUUUCGUGAACUCUGCUUCUUACGAAGUACACACAGGUCCAUUAGUGGAAGAAAUUCAUCAGUGUGUCACUGAUUGGAUAUGUCAGGUAAUCCGAGUUUAUAGUGGAAUGGAAUACGUUGAAUUUGACUGGCUCGUUGGACCAAUACCUGUUAAGGAUAGGAUCGGCAAAGAGGUAGUAACGAGAUAUUACAGUAACUUAAAUUCUUCUGGAGAAUUUUAUACCGACAGUAAUGGUCGCGAAAUGUUGAAACGGAAGAGAAAUUACCGACCAACGUGGAAUCUGGAACUAGAAGAGCCAGUAUCUGGCAACUAUUAUCCCGUUACAUCGAAAAUUUCCUUGAAGGACGAUGAGAAGCUUCUCAAACUUAGCUUACUAACAGAUCGAGCAGAAGGUGGAACUAGUAUGAGGGAUGGAGAAAUUGAAAUGAUGAUUCAUAGAAGACUUUUAAAAGACGACGCAUUCGGUGUAGGGGAAGCUCUCAAUGAAUUUGCAUUUGGUGAAGGUUUGGUAGUCAGAGGUUCUCAUUACAUCAUCGGAGGUAGCAUACAAGAUCUAGACGAACUUGCAGUGAAAGAGAAAACUCUGGCGCGUCAAUUAUUGCUUCGUCCAUGGACCUUUAUUCAAUCUAUCGAAAAAAAUUCUUCAGCACCCACACCACAUGUACCUAACUCCCAAGGUACAGGUCUUGCUAAAUCAUUACCACAAAAUGUUCAGAUCUUAACUUUGGAACCAUGGAAAGACGGCUCUGUUUUACUGAGGUUGGAACACAUUUUCGAAUUAGGCGAAACUGCCAGGCUAUCGAAGCCUGUGGAAGUUAAUAUUCAGGAUCUAUUUACAACUUUCACGAUUGUAUCCAUCAAGGAGACUACAUUAGGUGGCAAUCAAUGGAUCGAUGAUAUGAAUCGUUUAAAAUGGGAAUCCGAAACAAACGAUGUUCUCCAAACGGAAGAACACAUUUCUCAUCCUGUUGAAAUUAAAGAAGGUGUGAUAAAUGUUCUUUUAGAACCAUUUGAGAUACGAACAUUUAUCGUUGAAAUAGCACCACGAUAUCUAUAAGUUGAAAAUUAACAAUUUAUUGCCAUUAAGCAUUAAGAACAUUUAAAUUCGUUAAAUGUAACGUAUAAUGCAAUGGUGAUCACGUAAUUAUAAUUGUAUUGGGAAAAAAAUAUAACAAAUACAAAUUUUUCAUCUUUCAA